UAUACACUGAUGGACUCCAAAGAAUCAUUAACUCCUCCCAGUAGAGAAGAAAUCCCCAGCACUGUGCUUGGUCAGGAGAGGGGAAAUGUGAUGAACUUCUAUAAAACCCUAAGGGGAGGAGCUACUGUGAAGGUUUCUGCAUCUUCACCCUCACUGGCUGCUGCUUCUCAGGCAAACUCCAAGCAGCAAAGACUUUUGGUUGAUAUUCCAAAAGCCUCAGCAAGCAAUGCGCAGCAGCCAGAUCUGUCCAAAGCAGUUUCACUCUCAAUGGGACUGUAUAUGGGAGAGACGGAAACAAAAGUGAUGGGAAAUGACCUAGGAUUCCCACAGCAGGGCCAAAUCAGCCUUUCCUCGGGGGAAACAGACUUUCGGCUUCUAGAAGAAAGCAUCGCAAACCUCAAUAGGUCGACCAGUGUUCCAGAAAACCCCAAGAGUUCAGCAUCCACUGCUGUGUCUGCUGCUCCCACAGAGGAGUUCCCCAAAACUCACUCUGAUACAUCUUCAGAACAGCAACAUUUAAAGGGCCAGACUGGCACCAGCGGUGGCAAUGUGAAGUUGUAUACCACAGACCAAAGCACCUUUGACAUUUUGAAGGAUUUGGAGUUUCCUUCUGGGUCCCCAGGUAAAGAGACUAAUGAGAGCCCUUGGAGAUCAGACCUAUUGAUAGAUGAAAACUGUUUGCUUUCUCCUUUGGCAGGAGAGGAUGAUCCAUUCCUUAUGGAAGGAAACUCAAAUGAGGACUGUAAGCCUUUCAUUUUACCGGACACUAAGCCUAAAAUUAAGGAUACUGGAGAUUUGAUCACAUCAAGCCCCACCAGUGUAACACUGCCCCAAGUGAAAACAGAAAAAGAAGAUUUCAUCGAACUCUGCACCCCUGGGGUAAUUAAACAAGAGAAACUAGGCCCAGUUUAUUGUCAGGCAAGCUUUUCUGGAACAAAUAUAAUUGGUAAUAAAAUGUCUGCCAUUUCUGUUCAUGGUGUGAGUACCUCUGGAGGACAGAUGUACCACUAUGACAUGAAUACAGCAUCCCUUUCUCAACAGCAGGAUCAGAAGCCUAUUUUUAAUGUCAUUCCACCAAUUCCUGUUGAUUCAGAAACCUGGAAUAGAUGCCAAGGAUCUGGCGAUGACAACUUGACUUCUUUGGGGACUUUGAACUUCCCUGGCCGAUCAGUUUUUUCUAACAGCUAUCCAAGCCCUGGCAUGAGACCAGAUGUCAGCUCUCCUCCAUCUAGCUCCUCAACAGCCACAGGACCACCUCCCAAACUCUGCCUGGUAUGCUCUGAUGAAGCUUCAGGAUGUCAUUAUGGAGUCUUAACUUGUGGAAGCUGCAAAGUAUUCUUCAAAAGAGCAGUGGAAGGACAGCACAAUUAUCUUUGUGCUGGAAGAAAUGACUGCAUCAUUGAUAAAAUUCGAAGAAAAAACUGCCCAGCAUGCCGCUAUCGAAAAUGUCUUCAAGCUGGAAUGAACCUGGAAGCUCGAAAAACAAAGAAAAAAAUAAAAGGUAUUCAACAGGCCACUGCAGGAGUCUCACAGGAAACUUCUGAAAAUUCUGCUAACAAAACAAUAGUUCCUGCAACCUUACCACAACUCACCCCGACCCUGGUGUCCCUGCUGGAGGUCAUUGAACCUGACAUAUUAUACUCAGGCUACGAUAGCACUGUUCCAGAUUCCACAUGGAGGAUCAUGACCACGCUGAAUAUGUUAGGGGGUCGGCAAGUGGUUGCAGCAGUGAAAUGGGCAAAGGCAAUACCAGGAUUCCGGAACUUACAUCUGGAUGACCAAAUGACCCUACUUCAGUACUCAUGGAUGUUUCUCAUGGCAUUUGCCCUUGGAUGGAGAUCAUAUAAACAAGCAAGUGCAAACCUGCUAUGUUUUGCACCUGAUCUGGUUAUUAAUGAGCAGAGAAUGACGCUACCCUACAUGUAUGACCAAUGUAAACAUAUGCUAUAUGUUUCCUCUGAGUUACAGAGGCUUCAGGUAUCUUAUGAAGAGUACCUCUGUAUGAAAACCUUACUGCUUCUUUCUUCAGUUCCUAAGGAUGGUUUGAAGAGCCAAGAGCUGUUUGAUGAAAUUAGAAUGACCUACAUCAAAGAGCUGGGAAAAGCCAUUGUCAAGAGAGAAGGAAACUCCAGUCAAAACUGGCAGCGGUUUUAUCAACUGACAAAACUCUUGGACUCUAUGCAUGAAGUGGUAGAAAGUCUCCUUACCUAUUGCUUCCAAACAUUUUUGGAUAAGACUAUGAGUAUUGAAUUCCCAGAGAUGUUAGCUGAAAUCAUCACCAAUCAGAUACCAAAAUAUUCAAAUGGAAAUAUCAAAAAACUUCUGUUUCAUCAAAAGUGACUGCCUUAAUAAGAAAGGUUGCCUUAAAGAAAGUUGAAUUUAUAGCUUUUAUUGUACAAACUAUCGAUUUGUCCUGUAGAGGUUUUGUUCUAUUUUUUUUUCUUUUUGUCUGUUUUUGUUUUGUUUGAAAUACGCACUACAUGUGGUUUAUAGAGGGCCAAGACUUGGCAACAAAAACAGUUGAGUCAUCACUAUUCAGUGAUGGGAAAGUAUACAGUGAAAUUCAUUAGUUGGUGUAUCCCAGAAAUUAGAAAAAAAUCAAGUGGAGGUAAUCUCCACUGUCAGAGAAGGAUGGCACCUAAACCACCAGUGCCCAAAGUCUUUGUGAUGAACUUUCUGCUCAUACUUUCACAGUUGGCUGGAUAAAAUUUUCUAGACUUUUUGUUGGUGUAUUUUCCCCUGUAUAGUUAGGAUAGCAUUUUUGAUUUAUGCAUGGAAACCUGAAAAAAGUUUACAAGUGUAUAUCAGAAAAGGGAAGUUGUGCCUUUUAUAGCUAUUACUGUCUGGUUUUAACAAUUUCCUUUAUAUUCAGUAAACUAUGCUUGCUCAUUUUUUCUUACAUAAUUUUUGUAUUCAAGUUAUUGUAUAGCUGUUUAAGAUGGGCAGCUAGUUCAUAGCUUUCCUAAGUAAACUCUAAACGUUAAUCUUCUGUGUGAAAAUGGGUUGGUGCUUCUAACCUGAUGGCCCUUAGCUAUCAGACGACCAUAAAAAUUGACUCAAAUCUCCAGUAUUCUUGUCAAAAAAAAAAAAGCUCAUAUUUUGUAUAUAUCUGCUUCAGUGGAGAAAUAUAUAGGUUGUGCAAAUUAACUGUCCUAACUGGUAUAGAGCACCUGGUCCAGUGACCUGCUGAGUAAACUGUGGAUGAUGGUUGCAAAAGACUAAUUUUUUAAAUAAGAAUAAUACUAACAAGAGGCCCUGUUUAUACCAAAUUCCCUAUCUCUGCAAUGAUUAGAUGGCAAGAAAAGCUGGUAAACUAAUGUCUUUGGGGACCUUUUGAAGUAGUCUAUGUAACUUCUUAAAAGUUAUGAUUCCAGAUAACCAGUUGUAACACACCGAGAGACUUAAUCAGAGCAAGUAAUUCUUUUCACUAAACUCUACUCAAGCGAAAUCUCUAAAAUGGUAAAAGUGGCUAGACACCCAUUUUCACAUUCCCAUCUGUCACCAAUUGGUCAGUCUUUCCUGGUGGUACAGGAAAGCUCAGCUACUGAUUUUUGUGAUUUAAAACUGUAUGUUAGACAUCCAUGUUUGUAAAACUACAAAUCCCUACGUGUGCCAUAGAGUUUAACACAAGUCCUGUGAAUUUCUUCACUGUUGAAAUUAUUGUUUUAAGCAAAAUAGAAGCUGUAGUAGCCCUUUCUGUGUGCACCUUUCCAAGUUUCUGUAAACUCAAAACUUAACAUAUUUACUAAGCCACAAGAAAUCUGAUUUCUAUUCAUGGUGGCCAAAUUAUUUGUGUAGUAGAAAACUCAAAAUCUAACAUUAAAAAUAUGAAACUUCUAAUAUAUUUUUAUAUUUAGUUAUAGUUUCAGAUAUAUAUCAUAUUGGUAUUCACUAAUCUGGGAAGGGAAGGGCUACUGCAGCUUUACAUGCAAUUUAUUAAAAUGAUUGUAAAAUAGCUUGUAUAGUGUAAAAUAAGGAUGAUUUUUAGAUGAGAUUGUUUUAUCAUGACAUGUUAUAUAUUUUUUGUAGGGGUCAAAGAAAUGUUGAUGGAUAACCUAUAAGAUUUAUAGUUUGUGCAAGCAUUCAUACAGGCAGCAGUGGUCUCAGAAACCCAACCUGUUUGCUCUAGGGAAAGAGGGAGAUAGUGACUGGCCCUGUGUGCAGUGAAGGUUGCUGAGGCUCUAACCCAAUCAGAUCACAGAGGAAGUAAUUGCCUCCCAUUCCAACAGUAAGCCUGUCAGCUCAGGUUUAUUUCAGUAAAUCUUUCCUUGUGCUCAAGUGUGUAAAGAGGAGAAAGAAAGGUGAUGUUUACAUACUUACAGGCACCGUCUAAUAGCGGGUUACUUUCACAUACAGCCUCUCCAACAAUUUAAUGAAAACAGAGGCUUUAGAAGUUUGGCAAUAAUAUGCAUUAGAGGUACCAGCAAUUGUAAAUAGUGCAGAAUCUCAUAGGUUGCCAAUAAUACACUAAUUCCUUUCUAUCCUACAAGAGUUCAUUUCCAAAUAAAAUGAAGACACAUUUAUGUUUUCUUUGAAUGCUUUUUGAAUGUUAUGUUAUUUUCAGUAUUUUGGAGAAAUUAUUUAAUAAAAACAUAAUCAUUUGCUUUUUAAAUGCUCUCUAAAAGGGAAUGUAAUGUUUUAAGAUGGUUUGUAACCCAGCUGGAUGUGAAAUUUAUGGUGCCUAAGGAAUACCACUUGAAUAUUAAUAACAAUGACAGUGUUAAGUUUCAAAAGAGCCUCUAAAAAGCAGAUUAUUAUUCAUUUAUAGAACGUUAUAUGGUUAAAACCAGAAAGCAUUAUAACACAUUAAUCUUAAUUUUAGUCCCAACAACCUUGGCACUAAAAAAAUAGAGCUCAGCAAAAAAGGAUAUGUGCACUUUGUUGUCAAUAGGAAGUCAACUGACAUCCAUACAACUAUAGGAGGCUUUUCACUAAACAGAAAAAGAAGCUGUGCCCUUUUAGAAUACGUGGGAAAGGAGAAAGUUAUCUUAAUUAUGUUUGAGUAGUAGUAUGGAUUUAAGUAAGAAAAGAUAAGGUCUUAUUUGAAAGCAACUUCAUUUUCUAAUAUGUGGCAUCUUGCCAUCCCAAACUAUGAAGCUUGUAGUAACUUCAGUGACAGUUGGUGACUCACAAAAAAUCCGAAAAAGUAUUUUUAAUUACUGGUGGAAACAAGUGACCCACUCGUGUUUUCAGGCAUUCCUGCGGGACUCUAUACAAGCAGAACUGAACAGUUAAAGACAUAACCCUUUUGGAGUAUAUGUACCCCAUUGUCUAAAACUAUUGGAGGGGAAUCUAAAAGAGCACCUGCCUUCUCAAAAACAAAACAAAACAAAAAAUUGACCACCCCAAAAGGCAAAGUAACAUGAUCAGUGUUUCUGAAGUGUUUGAUAAUCAGCACAGGAUGAACUCUGGGCCUGCACAUGAAGGACAGCUAGCCUCACUUCAGAGUUGGGGAGAGGGGAGCGGGCAGCUCCAAUUUUACUCGUCAUAUCAUUUUAGUUCCCAUUUAAAUAUCCUGAAACUACGUGAUCGCAAAAUGAACAAUAGUAUUAUACUGUGACCUAUCAAAAUUCAAGAACCCUGGCAGCCUUCAAUGAGAUUUCAAUCUUGGUUGGUCACCCCAACGACUGUAGCUGUAGAUGAAUGUUUUUAUGUGCCUGGUUUCCAUGUUGGAAGGGAAAAUAAAAGUGUAAGGAAGACACUUUAAACCACUUUAGAUAGAAGUUUCAUCAUUUUCCAGACUAUUUUCAGUCAGCCUGGUCCACCAAGGGUUAGUGACCAGGUUUUCAGGAAAGGACUAGCUUCUCUCUAGAAAAUAUUUGAAAGAUUUUAUUUUCUGAAGAAAGGCUGUAUGAAAAUACCCUCCUCUAAUAACUUGCUUAACUACAUAUAGAUUCAAGUGUGUCAAUAUUCUAUUUUGUAUAUUAAACAAAUGCUAUAUAAUGGGGACAAAUCUAUAUUAUACUGUGUAUGGCAUUAUUAAGAAGCUUUUUCAUUAUUUUUUAUCACAGUAAUUUUAAAAUGUGUAAAAAUUAAAACCAGUGACUCCUGUUUAAAAAUAAAAGUUGUAGUUUUUUAUUCAUGCUGAAUAAUAAUCUGUAGUUUAAAAAAUGUCUUUUUACCUACGCAGUGAAAUGUCAGACUAUAAAAACUUGUGUGGAAAUGUUUAACUUUUAUUUUUCAUUUAAAUUUGCUGUUCUGGUAUUACCAAACCACACAUUUGUACUGAAUUGGCAGUAAAUGUUAGUUAGCCAUUUACAGCAAUGCCAAAUAUGGAGAAACAUAAUUAAAAAAAUCGCUUUUUCAUUA